AUGGAUGUGAGGGGCAAAGGAGGGAGCAAUCACGAAGUUUCACCGACGAAACUGCCCUACCUUCCCCGAGAGUUAAUCACAGAAAUUUUCCUUCGAUCACAUGCUAGGUCAUUAGGGAGAUUCAGAUGCUUAUCAAAGCCUUUUCUCGCUCUGUUGUCCGAUCCCAACUUUGCGAGGAAACAUGUAGAUCAUAACACAGUACGUUUUGGCCACCGCAGACUUAUCCUAUCCUCUACUAAUAAUCUUAAUCUAUAUGAUUUGUUGUCCGAUCGUAACGCUGUACGUUGGGGACACCGUAGACCUUGUAAUAAUCUAUUAGCUGUGGAUUUUGAUUCGAUCCGUGAUGAUUGUGGAGGAAAUAGGGAUUUGACUGCCGUGGUACUAGAUAACCUGCUUAAAGAAGAUGAAUAUGACCUGAAAUUGGAUUCAGGUGUAAUAUCUAGAACAAGUAGCGUUUAUAUCUCCGUAUCUUCGAACGGGUUGGUGUUUGUGCAUAUGGCUUCGAAUGCGAGUGAUGUCUUCUUGUAUAACCCGACUACCGGAGAAUCCAAGAGAAUACCGGACGUGCCUGAAUAUCUGCGUUCCAGUUCCAGUGUAACUUGGUCUUGGUUUAGUUAUGGUUUUGGUUUUGAUCCUCUGACCAAUGAUUACAAAGUGGUGAGGUUUAAUGUUGAUAACGACAAUUAUGUCUACUCAUUGAAGAAAGAUUCGUGGAGGCGGAUAUGCAAUAUUCCUUGUAGAAGAGUCUAUUCCAGGACCUCUGUGGAACUCAACGGAUCGAUCCAUUGGAUUUCCCUGAUUAGUGGAGGAGAAUCUCAGAAAGUGGUUAUGGCAUUUGACCUUAACACAGAGAAGUUACGACUUAUGCCAUUGCCUGAUUUGACCGAGGAAUGUGACCAUAUCUAUGGGGGAUAUACGGUGGGCACUCUCAAAGGGCGUCUCUGUGUCGUUCGCUGGUGCUUAGAGAUGCAUGAUGUUAUAUGGGUAAUGAACGAGUACGGUGUCGGGAGUUCAUGGAGUAAGAUUCGAAUCGGCGUUUCCUACUGCCAAGUCAUGAUACCAUUGUGUGUGUUCCACCAGGAACGAUGA